GCUACGAACAUCUAUACUACAUUUUUUUUCACACUUCCACCGUCAAUGAUUUCUUUCUUCGUACAAACAUACACACACACAUACAAUCCCACACAGGCAGAUGUGUGAAAAUUGAAAUGGACAGAAUUAUAAAUUGAAAAGAGGCACAAUAGAAAAAGCAAAAGAAACAUAUAAGUCAAAACGCUGAAAGUCGCCGGGGUGAAAGAUGCACGUUGAAAAUAUUUAUUCUUGCUGCAAUUAGAAAAGGCAAUAGUUUAUCAUCGAGCUAAUGACUCAGUGCUAAAAUAUCAGCGAUUAGCGACCGACAAGGAUAUCAACGACAGAAUGAAGCUGCUGGAAAGUACUCGCUUUGAAGCCAUCAACAGUGCGUUGUGGAUUAAAACUGGUGACAGUAAAAUCCUAGGGCGGAUUGAGAGCUACUCGUGCAAAAUGGCGGGAAACGACAAACAGCUCUAUAAACGGUUCAACGCAGAGCAGGGAGUCACUCCUCAUGACCUCCAAGCUUUGUCGCCUCCGCAAACUUCGUUAGGAGCAUCGCCGGCACAAAGCUAUUUCAGUCACAGCAUUUCUGGGGACGAAGAUGGUCCGUUGUGCGACACAAUAAGCAGAAAGACUUUAUUUUACCUUAUCGCAACGCUGAACGCAGCUUUUUAUCCAGACUACGAUUUCUCAGAUGCUAAAAGUCACGAGUUCAGCAAAGAGCCAAGCCUUCAAUGGGUCAUGAACGCCGUUGAUAGCAAUCUCAGCGCCACUGCAGGGGAUUAUUAUCGUACCCUGCGCUCUGCACUUUGGACAGCCGUUGAAGAUGAAAUCUCAAUGGGAGAAUGUGACAUUUACAGUUACAAUCCAGAUUUAGCUUCCGAUCCAUUCGGGGAAGACGGAUGCCUCUGGUCCUUCAAUUAUUUUUUCUACAACAAACGACUCAAGAGGAUUGUAUUUUUCACGUGCAGAGCAAUAAACCCGAUUUACACAUGGGAUUCUGGCGUUGGCAGUGAUUUUGCAAUGGACGAGGAUGAUUAAAUAUCAACAUUAAGAAUGUUUCUGCAAUAUUUUAGGUCACACUCCUUAAACUACACCUUAAAUGUCAACUUUCACAUUUAAUUUUCUUUUUUAGCAACUCUUGAUAUUUCAAAUCAAUGAGUAUCUCAAACUAUAGUAUUUUCAUUUAUGUUGCAAUCUUUACCUCCGCUUGUAGGAAUCUUUUUGUAUUAUUAGCUGCGUUAAGAAUGCAGGUUUGUUUCCAAUUAGGAAUUAAAACUAAAAAUAAAAGCCAAAGAAAUUACUAGAUGACCAGGCAUUUCUUAGUCUUUGGAUAAAUAUUAUUUUUCAAAGAUAUCACGUUCCAAAUGUCAGAUUCAAUUUUCAAACUUGUUUUUACAACUGACGAAGCGUUACAUUAUGUUAUUUCAUUUUCGAACUUAUUAUUCAGUAUUUGAGCUUAGAUCUGAGAAGCAAACGAUUGUUGAUAUGCCUGAAAAAUCCAUCCAACCAUUUGUGUAAACGAGUUUUCUCUUAUUGAUGUUACAAACAUGUCAGUGAAACUCAGCUUCUGUAGAUUUGAAUUAGUCCAUUUUUCUUCGGGUAGUCACAUCAUCUGCAGAAUUAGGUAUACAUAUGAUGUUAAUCCAGGUAUUAAACCGAACAUCCCUGCAGUCUUGACAAGAUAUUGAAUAUUACUGUGCAAUUGUUGCACAUUUUUAUUCACCAAGGAACUCUUCAAUUUAUGUGCAUAUACAAAUGCUUCUUCAAAACUCCACGACGAAAUGAAACUUGGCUAUCGUUGUUGGAAUUUUGCUUCGCUGCUCGCAUUUUCGCCAAGAAGCGUUUUUUUUCUAUUUCUGGUCAUAUUGCUUCAUCCGUAUUGUUAGUAGAUUACGGUAGUAAUAGUAACAAGUACUAUUUUAAAAGAUAGAUAUCGUUUUAAAUCUAUGAAAAUAGAAUCAUAUAGUUUGCAAAACAACGGCACUUAAUUCCGUACAUAUUAAAUUUAUUGUUGCUAUAAACAAUAAAAAUAUCGUACUUGCUGCAAAUCCGGUAAUAACAAAAUAUUUAUCUAAUCAGAACGUGCCUUGUCAAAGAAAUGGUAGUUCGAUUAAGUAUAUUAUGUUACUUUACAAACGUUCAUUUGCAUUAAUAUUUCGUAGCUUAGUAUCAAAUGUACGUGUGAUUCUUUUACCAGAUAAUUUUUGUUUCUACGAGUAGUUACUGUUGACCAUGCCAACUACGUUCAUUUCAAAUUGAAUUUAUAUUUUUUCAUUUGUCUUUACUCGUCACGGGAUAAAAGGAAGUUAAUUUGCUUUGCAGAAUAUAUACCUAUACUUAUAGUAGCAUGUCUAUAAGAAAUGUCGAAACUUGAUUUUAGAUUGUGAUUAAAUUACCCAAUUAAGUAUCAAAUACUUAAUGGGUAACAGCAGGCGCAGAAAUUAGGGGAUAAUAAUCCAUUUGGUAAAAUAAACCGGUUUCUAUUCUCUUUUUUUUUUUUCUUCUACCAGUUAAAAAGGUGAUUAAUUUAUAUAUACAUCAGUCGAAUAGAAACUGAUGUAUUUGAGUUCAUAAAAGAACAUUAUGGGUUCAUUACUGAUGACUAAACAUGGUGUUUGGACCAGAUUUUUUGCUGACGCGAGCUUUAAAAGUAGAUAGUAACAUGGUCAAUAAUUGUAUUUGUAACAUUUAAAAACUGUGUGUUUUGUUUUUGUUUUUUGUUUUUUUUUUUUCUUUUUUGUUGAGUACUUCUAGUAAUAUCGGUCUGUCAGUCGUAAGCAGUGGCACAGAUUUUCUUAUACUUUCGAAAUUCUUUGACAAUCAACAAAUCCUAAUGGAAAUUAAAUGUCAUAUUUACUAGAAUAUCAAUAACAUAAAAAUAACAGUCUAAACGACUCUAACAGUUUAUAGUGAUAUAUACGACAGAUUAUUAUCUAUGAAAAAUAUAAUAAAAUUAGAAAAACGUAACGAAGGCAAAUAUUGUGCCGCGUUUACGAAGCUAUUAGGAUAAUUUUAAUAUAUCUCAGAGACGUACUAUUUGGUGUAAACUAAUGAUUAAGAAAAAUACCAUUUAUUUACAAAGAGAGAGAGAGAAAAUAGAGAGAGAGCGAGAGAAAGGAUAUUUUAAGAUAAGAAUUAUAUUUGCGAUUCAUUAAUUGAUCAUAAAAAUACUGACAAAUUUAUGCUAAUUUGAAAUUUUGCAUAAAUUUACCAAAAAUUUUCGAUUAAUGUAUCGGUAAAUAAUAUAAGUAUGUAUUUGAAUAAAUAACGAUCUAAUACUGUAAUUUUGAACAUAAUAAGUAUGACGAAAAGCGUUACGGCUCAGAGCAAAAGAUUAGGCCUGUCAUUUAAUUAAAAGGCUGCAUAUGAUUUGAGAUGUAAGAGAGAGUACUACUUAUUUUGAAAUUUAAUUCCACUUAAAAAGCAUAUGUAUCUCACAGUAAAUAAUUAUAAUACAUGUAUAAUAUUAAUAAUAACGUUAACAACAGCAAUAGUUUCAUUAUAAAAUUAAUAAUUAUACUUCGUUUUAAGUGUGUUAUUAUAUUCUAUAAUCAAAAAGUACAGAAGCAAAGUAGACAUAUCACCUGAGAGCGAUUUUAAAAUCUGACUUCAAUACCCAUACAUAUAUACGCUGCUGCUUUUAAAUUUGCGCACCGAAUUCGAAACACAUAAAAGUAUUAUAUCAAUUUUCGUUUAUUUGCCCGUUCAAUAAAAUUAAUCAUUAAAUGGA